AUGAUCAAGGAACUUACGCUGUUGUCGGCUAGAACCAAGCAGCCACGAUUCAAACCCAUUUUGGAUUGCCUUCGAUUUUGCAAAGAAUGUGAUGUGGACCACGUGUACCGAAUUCUUAUCAUCAUCAAUCUGUUGAUCCAUAGUAGCGAUCGUGAGCUAGGUGAAGAUCAAGCAUGGCAAACACGAAUGGCUCUUCGCUCCGAGCUGAUGAGAGCUGGUUUCGGGAAGUAUAUCCCGCACAUAGUCCUACUGUCCAAGAGCGAUGAGCGGAUUGGAGAGGUCUACAGUGCCUUCACUUCCAUCCAAGACGACGAUUUCAAUGAACUCGUAGCCCGGUUUGAAACACUCCGUGGUGAAUACGAAACACUUGGAGGAUGUUUCGAACUUCUUGCUUCAACGUCCGCAAAUACAGCAGUGGAGCCCGUUUUGCUCAGCAUAAUGCAGCAUUUCAUGAUUAUUCCGGAAGAUGUGUCCGUGAGGUAUGUGCUUUGGAAUGCCUUUGCCUCAGGUGAUUACCCAUGA